CAAACUUGGGCCGGGGCCAAGUUCGCGGGCUACAGGUGGCAGCAAAGUUGCACAUUUGGCCGGGUAGGACCAAUCGCAUUGUAUCGCGUCGAAGCAUUAGGCAGGGGACUUCUUUUUGUGAGGACGGUGAGCAUUCGGUCGGGAAAAGUGGGUGAGACAGAGCGCUGUGUGGCAGGUGCAGGAAGUCUUUUAGACUGUGACAAUGGCAGACCCAAGCUAUGGCAGGACCACCACGGUCACCACCGAGACGAUUGUGACAUCGCCCAAUAUACGAUUUGAUCCCAGUUACAUUCGAACUGUUCCGGGAAUACUGAAAGCUGCUCAGAUUAUUUUGAAUCUAUUGGGAUUUAUCUGCAUCACCGUCUCUCAUUGGAGUGUGACAUCUCGUGCUGGAUGGUUCAACUUUGUGGCCAUGACAGGGUUCUGGUUUACUGGAAUACUGCUCGUUUUGUAUCUAUUCCAUGUCAUUGAAAAGUUUUUCAAGAUUCCCUGGUUGAAAUUGGAAUUUGGGUUCUGUGCCUUGUGGACCUUCUUCUACCUUCUCGCUGCAUCAUUGGCUGCUGGUUUUGCUUCUGUUGAUGAGUCUUUCGGUGCUGGUGCAUUCUUCGGCUACUGUGCUAUGGUUGCAUAUGCAUAUGAUGCUUUCCUGAAAUUCAAGGCAUUCAAAUCAGGACAGCUUGCUCAAGGAGAGAAGACCACCACCACGGAAACUGUUUCCCCCACUGCCUACUAACUGGUAGCCUAGCUUACUGCCACCAGUCAGUACAAAAUAUUUUCUCACAAACUUGCCUGUACCUAACUAAAACAUCGAAACUAUUUCUUUGAUGGUUCACCAUUGUUCUUAAUAUUUUUGUGACUACUUAAUUUUUAAUUAUAGUGGCACGUACGGCCGCUAUGUGUUGUUUUUUUAUAAUAAUGGCUCAUAAGGCAGCAUGUAUCUUGAAUCAGAACUGUAUUGUUUAUUUUUCUACUGUGUUUGUAACUUGUUAAAAGUAUCUCCCAAUGAAUGUGACUUCUUUUACUAUAGACAUUUGGGUGCAAAUUGAAAUUUUGAUAAGAUCUUAUUUUUAUGUGGAUUAUUAAUUUUUGAUUGAUGGAAGUGUGAUCUUGUUAGCUUGCACUCACUAAAGCUUACAUUGGAGGUUCGCCUCUGUUACUCAAAGUAGGGUCAUUGCCUUAAAGACUGCACUGUUACUGACAAAGUUUGUUGAAUUAAGCACAAUAAGAUUUGGUUGCUUAAACACUUAAUAAUCAAUUUUGUACAUAAUUGUAAGUUCCAAAUGUCACAUUUUGUCCAAAGUGGUGGGAGAAUGUGACUCAGUUUAAUGCAUCUGAGUUGAGUAAUAAUAUGGUUAUUACAAAAGAUGGCUUCUCUUAAAUGCUAGUCUUGCUUUACACUUACAGACAAGAACAUUAAUUAAGGUUGCUGUAUUGUAGUCUUAAUUGUCCAUCUAUAUGUUAAGAUGUUGCUUGAAUAAAUGUGGUUUAAAAGACACGGACACAAGUUUUGAGUUAUGAAUGCUAUGAUGUUGCAUGUUACCUGCCUUUUGAAUUGUUUCCGAUGCGUCUCUUCAGUGUUUCUAAAAAGAAAAUGGUGUUUCAAUGUUUUGGAUUGUGACAUUGCAUAUCGAUCUUCAGCAUAUCUUAGGGUACAUGUAUUGUAAUUUUUGACUGGUUUUCAAUUGGACCAUAUUUGUUAAACCAUACAUUUUUUUACAUGUGUUGUUGUUGUAAAUCUCAAUUAUUGUGAGCAUUGGAUAAUGUACUAUUUUUCCUGUUGUUAACUCUUGACUAAAAGCUAUUCUCAUAUUGACUGGUUUAAUCAACCUUAUUUGAACUUAAGUUUUGUAUUGCUUAAUUCAUUGCAAGUUUUUUAGUUCUGUUAAAGAAACGACAUAGGUUAUAGAAUUGUUGAAUUCUCUGUUACACAACUAUUUGUUUCUUUCAUUUCCCUAUGUCUUUGUGGACUUGAUCCAAAAAGGGCAGCUUGUUUCGGAGGUUUUCUCUCAGUUGGUUUUUGUUUUAAUUUGACUGACAUUUGAUCUUAUCUGUGUAUUGUAACUGUUUGCGUUGAAUGAAUUGUUGUCUUUUUACUCAUGCUAGUGCUUGUUAAUGCACCCUGAAUCACUGUACUUCAAAUUGGCAAUUUCAAAUAAGGAACUGCUUUGUUUCCAGUGUCUUUGUAGCCUGUGCACAUACAUUUGGUUUCGCAUUUUCUCUUAAUCUCAUUUUAUGGUAUAUGUCUCCUUUUUUGGUUACCAAAUUCAAGUAUUAUUUAAAGUACUAAGAAAAAAAAAAGGUUUCCUUUGUGUU